UCGUUAUAUCGUUCGUGAAUACGCUGUCACUAUUAUAUCAGUAUAUCACACUCAAGUCAUGGUCCUCAUACGACACAUCCCUUUGGUGGUACUGUUACUAAUACCUCUCGAAUCGAAUUGUGCUCCUCCUCAAAGUGAAACAAGGUUUAAUUUAUCAGUGGUUCAUGUGAAUGAUUUCCACGCAAGAUUCGAGGAAUCAAGUGACUCUGGUGGCAACUGCAAAGAUGGGGAAAAAUGUAUCGGAGGUUUCUCUCGACUUUACAAACAAAUCAAGAGCAUUUUAGAGGAGAAACCAGAUUCAGUCCUGCUAAAUGCUGGUGAUAACUUCCAAGGCACUCUUUGGUAUACAAUAGGAAAAUGGAAUAUCACCCAGGAGUUCCUAAACAAACUUCCAUUUGAUGCCACUGUUUUGGGAAACCAUGAGUUCGAGGAUAAAAUUGAAGGGCUCAUUCCAUUUAUGAAAGCUUUAAAGAGCCCGAUAGUUGUCGCUAAUGUUGACGAUAGUUUGGAACCAACAUUUCAAGGACUUUACAACAAAAGUACCGUAAUUGAGAGGAAUGGAAAGAAGAUAGGAAUCAUAGGAGUCCUUGUUUCAACUGUCAAACAAAUUGCAGAUACGGGAAAUUUAAACUUUUAUCUAGAAUCUCCUAGUGUUAACGCAGAAGCAGAACGUUUGGUUAAAGAGGAGGGAGUCUUCACUAAUAUUGUACUUUCUCAUGGUGGAUACGAUGUAGAUCAGGCGAUUGCUGCUAAUGCUUCAGAAAAGAUCAGUCUCAUCGUUGGUGGUCACACACAUACGUUUUUAUACACUGGAGAUAAUCCUCCAGGUCCUGAAAACGUAGAGGGACCUUAUCCAACGAUAGUGAAGAGUAAAAACGGUAAAAAUGUUCUCGUUGUUCAAGCAUCUUCCUUCUGCCGAUACUUGGGAAAUAUAACAAUUUUUCUAGAUGACUUUGGAGAAAUUGUGGACUAUUCUGGUGCACCAAUUUUCCUAGAUAGCAGUCUGCCCCAAGAUGAACAAAUCAAUGAAGACUUAUUGCCUUGGAAACAGAUGGUAGAUGCUGAAGGUGGCGCUGUAGUAGGGUCCAGUCUUGUUACUUUAGAUAUAAGUAAAUGCAAAUAUGCAGAAUGUACAUUUGGGAACUUGGUUGCAGAUGCCAUGGUUUAUUCUUGGACAGAUAAAGUUGAGAAAGGAUCAUGGGCUUAUGCUUCCAUAGCCGCCGUAACACCUGGGGGGAUCAGAACCAACAUAGCCAUUGGAAAUAUUACUUAUAACGAUCUGAUUAUAGCAGUACCUUAUAAGAACACCUUCGAUGUUGUUGAAAUUGAAGGAAAGUAUAUCAAAGAACUGCUAGAGUACAAUGCCUUGCCAUAUUUCGAUAAAGCAACCGACACGAGCUUAAAACUUAUGCAGUUUUCUGGAAUCCAUGUGGUGCUGAAUUUGACACGCCCAUUAGGAGAAAGAGUUCAGUCGUUGAAAAUUCGCUGUCAGGCAUGUGAUAUUCCUCUUUACGAGAACUUAGAUGCGAAUAAAACCUACAGAAUGGUUAUUACUUCUUAUCUGGCAAAUGGAGGUGAUGGUUAUACGGUACUUUCUGAGAACAUGAAAAACCUGCAAGUUGGUCAAAUCGAUACGGAUGUUUUAGUUGACUAUUUCAACCAUAGGUCUCCCGUGUUUCAAGAAGAAGAAGAAAGAAUUGUUAUUUUUAGAUAGGUACAAAUCUAGUUAAUGUUUCUAAAUUCUAGUGAAUAUAAUGUGUAAAUUUUUGCAAUUUUUUAUUACUGAUCAAAUUAAAAGUUUAAGCAAAUAAAU